AUGGAAAGACGUAAAUUAUUGGUGAAUUUGGGCAAAACGGGACGACAAUGCGAUAUUAUGAACCGAGAAGAUCUAUUACAACUUAUCGAUAACAACCGUGAAACUAGUUCUGAAUACAACUCAUUUACUUCAAGUCCGCCGCGUCCAUUAUCAGAAUUAGAUCCAAAUAUCUGCUUAAUAAACUCAGGCAGGCCAUCGAGUAUGUCACUAAUUUCAAACUGUCAAUCUUCUAUAAGCAACACUAGUGAUGCUUCUUCGGCGGUGGAAGCAUCACGUGAAUGUUCUACACCUUCAUCGUUAAACGGUAGAAAAAGACGUCAGUUCAGUAUUGAUAGAUCAAAGAAAAGGCGAUUGAGAAAUAAAGACAAGUGGAUUGAUACAAGACGUAAAUUACUAUUAAAUUCAGGUAAACAACAUCAGUCCAGAAAUGGAAAAUUGCAACCUGCGAAACAGCUUAAGCCGGCAUGUGUUAUUUGCAAGUUUAACUGUAGCGCAAAAAUAUCUCACGAAGAUAGAAAACUUAUCUUUGAUCGUUUUUGGGAUCUCUGUGAUCACGAAAAGCAAUGGGUUUUUAUAGGUAAAUAUACAAAAUGUUGUAUGAUACGAAGAAUUACUACAGAGAAUGAUUCUAAACGCCAACACAGUGUAAACUAUACACUUCCAAUGAAUUUAAAGGAAACCAGCCCUAGAACUGUAAAAGUAUGCAAAACAAUGUUCAAGAAUACGCUGUCGGUAAGUAAUCAGUUUAUACAGAGUGCUCUUGAUAAAUAUGAUAAAAGUACUGGUAACUGUGAAAAAGACUUCAGAGGUCGUCAUAACAAUAAAAACAAGGUUUGCACAGCCGCCAUAAUAAAAGAAGAAAAUAGUAUUGUGGAGAGGGUACUCAUAGCGCGCCACUACCGAGACAUAGUUAACAAGGAAAUGAACAUAGCCUUUUACAUUCCUAAAAAAGACCAGUGCGACGUGUGUAUAGCAUUUAAAAAUUGCCUUCCUUCACAAACCAGAGCACAAGAUCAGUACAAUAAACAUAUUCAAGAUAAAAAUAUAGCGAGAUCUUUGAAGAAACAAGACAAAAAUGAAGCUACUUCUAAUCCUGAAACUGUAACUUCGGCUAGGUACCUUUGA